AUGGAUAACAAGAACACCAUCUGGAGCCGCCGCCCCAACACCAGCAACCUGUCAUUGUCGACCAACCCAGAGGGACCGACCACUCAAGCAAGAGACUUCUCAUCUCUAUCACGCCGAAAUGGCCCCCAGUCCUCCCACGGCCGGUCGAACCCUUUUGCGGCUGUGGCCACGCCUGGCAGCGGCCUAGCAUCCCCCAUUGGCACAGGAGGUUCCAAUGUCUUUGCCCUCGGCUCAGGCGGUGCCUUCGCGGCCUUUGGUUCAGCUAAGACCCCCAAGACGACGGGCAAUCCUUUUGAGAUGGCUAUGGGCACUAUUGGAAGUAAAACACCCUCAGCAGAGAAGACCUUCAAGGACGCUGCGAGACCCCCCGGCAACGACGAUUCAACUACGGCCGACUCCUCGCCAUCUACUCAGCCUGGAGGAUCCCACCCGCUCAGUGACACGUGGGUAUUCUGGACGCGGCCGCCCAUCAGCAAGGCCCACGGAUACAUCCCAUACGAGGACACAUUACACCCCAUGAUGAUGGCGUCCACCAUCGAGCAGUUCUGGACUGCGUAUACACAUCUCAAGGCUCCCUCCGAGGUACCGUUAAUGACCGACUACCACAUCUUUAAGGAAGGUAUUCGCCCGAUAUGGGAGGACAAGGAGAACAAGGACGGAGGCAAGUGGGUUUUGCGCCUCAAGAAAGGCGUGGCAGACCGCUACUGGGACGAGAUACUUCUGGCUUGUGUUGGCGGCGCACUCUGUGACGACAACUCUCAAAUCAACGGGGCAGUGCUCAGUGUGCGCAAUGGAGAGGACGUCAUCUCCAUUUGGACCGCAUCUGCAGGGGGCAAGGUCCUCAAGAUCAGGGAGUCAAUGAAGAGCCUACUCAAGUGUCCGCCCAACACACGCUUUGAAUUCAAGAGCCAUGACGAGAGUCUUACUCAACGAGCCACGAUUGACGAGCAACGACGUGAGAGGGCCGCCAACAACAAUAACAAUAACAACAACGAAAACAAGCGACACAAUAAUAGCAACAACAACAACAAUAACGAAAGCCACAACAGCCGGCGCUCGCAGGAUGAGCAGAGGUCUUAG